UGCUGUAGGAGAGAGAGAAUUAAAGUUCUGAAGACCUAUUGCUUUUCACCAGGAAGUUUUACUGGGCAUCUCCUGAGCCUAGGCAAUAGCUGUAGGGUGACUUCUGGAGCCAUCGCCGUUUCCCCGCCCCACCAAAGAAGCGGAGACUUAACGGGGACGUGCGGUCAGAGCUGGGGAAAUGGGCCCGCGAGCCAGGCCGGCGCUUCUCCUCCUGAUGCUUUUGCAGACCGCGGUCCUGCAGGGGCGCUUGCUGCGUUCACACUCUCUCCACUACCUCUUCAUGGGUUCCUCAGAGCAGGACCUUGGUCUUUCCCUGUUUGAAGCUUUGGGCUAUGUGGAUGACCAGCUGUUCGUGUUCUAUGAUCAUGAGAGUCGCCGUGUGGAGCCGCGAACUCCAUGGGUUUCCGGUAGAACUUCAAGCCAGAUGUGGCUGGAGCUGAGUCAGAGUCUGAAAGGGUGGGAUCACAUGUUCACUGUUGACUUCUGGACUAUUAUGGAAAAUCACAAUCACAGCAAGGAGUCCCACACCCUGCAGGUCAUCCUGGGCUGCAAAAUGCAAGAGGACAACAGUACCGAGGGCUUCUGGAAGUACGGGUAUGAUGGGCAGGACCACCUUGAAUUCUGCCCUGACACGCUGGAUUGGAGAGCAGCAGAACCCAGGGCCUGGCCCACCAAGCUGGAGUGGGAAAGGCACAAGAUUCGGGCCAGGCAGAACAGGGCCUACCUCGAGAGGGACUGCCCUGCGCAGCUGCAGCAGUUGCUGGAGCUGGGGAGAGGUGUUUUCGACCGGCCAGUGCCUCCUUUGGUGAAGGUGACACAUCAUGUGACCUCUUCAGUGACCACUCUACGGUGUCGGGCCCUGAACUACUACCCCCAGAACAUCACCAUGAAGUGGCUGAAGGAUAGGCAGCCAAUGGAUGCCAAGGAGGUCAAACCUAAAGACGUAUUGCCCAAUGGGGAUGGGACCUACCAGGGCUGGAUAACUUUGACUGUACCCCCAGGGGAAGAACAGAGAUAUACUUGCCAGGUGGAGCACCCAGGCCUGGAUCAGCCCCUCCUUGCUAUCUGGGACCCCUCACCGUCUGGAACCCUAGUCAUUGGAGUCAUCAGUGGAAUUGCUGUUUUUGUCAUCAUCUUGUUCAUUGGAAUUUUGUUCAUAAUAUUAAGGAAGAGGCAGACCUCAAGAGGAGUUAUGGGGCACUACGUCUUAGCUGAACGUGAGUGACACGCAGCCUGCAGACUCAUCACGGGAAGGACACAAAACUAGAGACUCAAAAAGGGAGUGCACUUACGGAGCUCUUCAUGUUUCAGGACAGAGUUGAACCUAAACAUAGAAAUUGCCUGAAGAACUCCUUGCUUUUAGCUUUCUCUGUUCAUUUCCUCAAAAAGAUUUCCCCAUUUAAGUUUCUGAUUCCUGCAUGCCAGUGAUCCCCAGCUGUGACUUCUCCCCUGGAACUGCCUCUCAUGAACCUCAAGCUGCAUCUAGAGGCUUCCUUCAUUUCCUCCAUCACCUCAGACACAUACACCUAUGUCAUUUCAUUUCCUAUUUUUGGAAGAGGACUCCUUACAUUUGGGGGACUUACAUGAUUCAUUUUAACAUCUCAGAAAAGCUUUGAAUCCUGGGACAUGGCUAGUCAUAACCUUACCAGAAUUUUACAUAUGUAUCUAGGCAUUUUCUGGACCCGUUCUACUUUUCCUUUGAAUCAUCCCUCUGUGUUACCCAGUAACUCAUCCGUCACCAAGCCAUGGGAAUUCUUCCAUCUGAUUGUUAUGUGAAUUGUAGGCUGUACACUGCACGAAUGGAAGAGGCACCUUUCCCAGAAAAAGCAUCAUGGCUGUCUGUGGGUAUUACAAUGGGUGUUUUUAGCAGGUAGGAGGCAAAUAUCUUGAAAGGGGUUGCGAAGAGGUGUCUCUUUCUAAUUGGUAUGAAGGUGUCAUACAGGUUUGCAAAGUGCCUUCAUUUGGAAUGCUACUCUAGUAUUCCAGAGCUGAAGUAUAACAAUAAUUUUCUCCCUGAUCUCUCCUUGUUAUGAUAAUGAAAAUUAUAAGGAUGAUGAUAAUGAUGAUAAAAGCACUUACGUUGUGUCCCACUCUUCUGAGCACCUACUUACAUGCAUUAUUGCAUGCAAUUCUUACAAUAAUUCUAUGAGAUAGGCACUAUUAUCUCAAUUUCUUUUUUAGAUGAAGAAAGUGAAGUAGGCCAGGCACGGUGGCUCAUGCCUAUAAUCCCAGCACUUUGGGAGGCUGAGGCGGGUGGAUCACAAGGUCAGGAGAUCCAGACCAUCCUGGCUAACACGAUGAAACCCCAUCUCUACUAAAAAUACAAAAAAUUAGCCGGGCAUGGUGGCGGGCGCCUGUAGUCCCAGCUACUGGGGAGGCUGAGGCAGGAGAAUGGCGUGAACCCAGGAGGUGGAGCUUGCAGUGAGCGGAGAUCGCGCCACUGCACUCCAGCCUGAGUGAUAGAGUAGUGAGACUCCGUCUCAAAAAAAAAAAAAAAAAAAAAAAGGAAAGAAAAACGAAAAUAUAGAGUAUCUCACAGCUUGCCAGUGAUAGAAACAGGUUUCAAACUCAGUCAAUCUGACCGUAUGAUACAUCUCAAACACCACUACAUUCAGGUAGUUUAGAUGCCUAGAGUAAAUAGAGACGGAAGGAGAUGGCUAUUCUAUUGUCUCAUUGUGUUUCUUCUGAGUGAGCUUGAAUCACAUAAAGGGAAACAGCAGAAAACAACCAGCUGAUCCUCAGCUGUCAUGUUUCCUUUAAAAGUCCCCAAGGGAAGGUCCUGGAAUGUGACUCCUUUGCUCCUCUGUUACUCUCUUUGGCAUUCAUUUCUUUGGCCCCUAUGCAAGGACUGUAAUUGGUGGGAACAGCUAGUGGCCCUGCUGGGCUUCACACACACUAUCCUCCCUAGGCCAGUGCCUCUGGAGUCAGAACUCUGGUGGUAUUUCCCUCGAUGAACUGGAGUAAGCUCUCUCAUUUUGAGAUGAUACAAUGGAAGCCACCAAGUGGCUUAGAGGAUGCCCAGGCCCUGUCAUGGGGCUACUGGGGUUCCGGUGUACAUUAAAAAAAAAAAAAAAAU